AUGACUUGGGUUCAUAAUCUUCACGAAUCAGAUCCCGAUACCAAGAUCGGGCGUGUCAUUGCUAUCUGUGUGGUGUUUCCAGUUCUUGCUUUGCUGGCGAUAUGUCUGCGAUUCUAUGUUCGGCUCAGCACGAAGCGUCCGGCGUGGUGGGAUGAUUAUACGAUUUUGGCCAGUGUAUUAUUGACGGUUGUGUAUGGAGGUCUCACAAUUGCUCAAACUCGAUGGGGACUGGGAUUGAGUCAAGCUUAUUUUCCAGAGGAGAAUGUUAUCCCAUUUAGCAAGAUUCAAUACGUUGGCGGACCAAUUUAUACCCUGGAUCUUUUGACUUUCAAAGUUGCAUUGCUUGCCUCAUAUCUGCGGAUUGGCGGUUUUGUGAAUUUCUAUAGGCUUAUCAUUGCCAUCGCAAUUGCUAUAUGUGUAGCAACGCAAUUAAUAUUCACUUUCGUCAUUUCGGCCUCCUGUCGGCCAGUUGCAAAACAGUGGGAUUUAUCCCUCAAAGGCACAUGCAUUGACACGGUGUCAUUCUAUUAUGUAGCCAUCGCAGGAACCAACCUCGGAUUCGACAUUGCCAUCAUUAUUCUCCCUCUCCCAGUGUUGUGGAAACUUCAACUCCAACGAAGACAGAAACUCGUCUUAACUGCCGUAUUUACAUUGGGUUUUUUCGUCACAAUUAUCCAAAUCAUUCGCAUCUUCAGUGUCAAGAACCUGAAGACUGUUACGGACAGUCAGGGUCUCAUUUGCUGGUCAAUCGUUGAAGUCAGCCUCGGUGCAAUAAUAACGUGCAUUCCAACAUACGGUCCUUUAUUCAAAAGUUUCGCGUCAACGAUCACCUUCUACCGCAAGAACGGAACUGGGCCUACCUAUCCGCUCGACUCCAUACCCGAGGUCGGAAACGAUACAAUACGACCGCGUCAGAAUAGCGGAAAUGGUCGCACAUUGAUCACUCCUACGCUAUCAACGGUGGUACCAGUACGAGCAAAGAAGAGAGGUGCCCUGUCAUCCGUAACGGAUACGGGCAGCGAAGAGCACAUCCUGGGCGAUGGGGAGAACAUGCAAAUUUACAAAACAAUGUCUUUCAAGGUUGAGAAAACUUGA